CUAUUGAUUGAACAUGUAGUCAUCCUGUGGAAACAGCAAAAAUCUAUUUAAGAGCAUUUUGAAAUUGUUAAAAGAGUUAGUCGUAUAUGGGCAAUUUAAAAAGGUCUUUAUUUUGGAAGGCAACAUCAGAAUAACUUGAUAUUGAUAUGGUAUCAAUGUGGGAUUGUAUACUGUUGAUCUAAAGUGGAAUUACCCUGUGGGAACAGCAAUUUUCUAUUUUAGAGCAUUUUGAAAUCACUCAAAGUCUCCCAUAGGGACGUCCCAUUCCGAUAUUGAUAUCGGAUAUUGGCCCAAAACCACUGUGUCGGAUUAUAUCGGACUGCAUCUAAAAUCUCUGAUAUUAGUAGUAUGUUCCGCUUUAAAUUCUGUUACAUCAAUUCUAUCCAGCAGUGCCCAGAUCCAGCAUGCAAAGUCCAUGUGAUCAGAACAGUGUGUGCUAUUAAAGUAGCAAGGGACAAUGUUGGUAAGGUGGCUGUAUUUUUCGUUAAAGUCCGAAAAAGACAGUUUGACUCAGUGCAACACUUGUCAUGCACAAGUUUCCUUUGGUGGAACAGAACUGGGGAAGUUUAAUACGUGCAACAUCAUCGUGCAUUUGAAACAGGAUCAUAAAACAUUGCAUGAAGAUUUUUGCAGUGUGCGAAAUUGAAACUUUAGACACUCAACUUGUAGCAGUUGGUGAGUGAACAAUAUUGUGUUUUUUUCCUUUUGUCCCUAAACUCAGCUGUUCACAUUUAUGAAACUAAAAGUUAAUAAAAAUUGGUCAGUUUUUAUACUUACUUUUGCUGGCUUUUGUUUUCUUUUUGAGUAAAAUCACUUAAUCAAGCCUUUUAUACAUUCCACACUUUGAAAUAGGUAAAAGUAUGUAUGUUUUGCGCUGAUAUCAUAUUGGAUUGAUAUCGGUAUGGGGAAGGCUGCAGUAUCCUAUCGGAAGUGCAAAAGUUGUUACAUGACACCCCUAGCCUCUCGGGUUUACUUAUGUUCUUGUUUUUCUUGCAGAAAAGCGAAUGAAGGCCUCCUCAUUUUAAGUCAAGAAGAAACUAUGCCAAUAUCCAUACGACAGCUGGCCUACGUGUCUGGCCUUGGCUUUGGCUUCAUGAGCGGAGCCUUCUCUGUGGUGAGCAUCCUGGCUGACUCUGCAGGACCUGGGACCGUUGGGAUCCAUGGAGACUCACAGCACUACUUCCUGUCCUCAGCCUUCAUGACUAAGGCCAUCAUCCUGCUCCACAUGUUCUGGGGUGUCGUGUUCUUCGACGCCUGCGAGAGGCAGCGCUUAUGGGCGGUCACUGCAGUCGUCGUCAGCCACCUCAUCGUCUCCUGCCUGGUGAUGGAGUCGCUGACUAGACAAAUGCUAACGAAACUUUCAGAACCCACUUGAGUCUACAUGAACAGACAGGAAUGCUUAUAGCUGUUCCACAGGAAGUGAGCCAAAACUUAGAAAAGAUGGAGCAUGACAUACAUUUUCGUAUUUGACCAAAACAACAAGAACUUUAUGAUUUCUGAUCAUUUCAGUUUAAAACUCGUGACGGGCCAAAUGCUUUUGGGAACAAAGAGGCCAACCUUUUGUGAAAGGGU